GCGGCUUCAUUGUCUGACACAGAAAAUCUUAUGUCGAAUUUAACGAAUGGAUACAAUGUCAACAUUAGGCCGGCGGUCGAACAACUCUCUCCAGUCGAUGUGUCGGUACAAUUGUACUUGAAAUCAAUCAUUGACUUUGAUGACGUUCAGGGAAUUUUAUCCUUCACUACAGGAAUCAGAAUGACAUGGAUGGACUACCGACUACAAUGGGAUCCGAACGGAUACGGAGGUUUGCAAACGUUGUCUGUUCCAUUGUCACAUAUAUGGCUCCCGCAGCUGUUUCUCUCGACACCCGCCACCGACAGAAGCUAUUUUGCUGAGAGUUGGAGUAAAGCGACGCUUUCGAACACGGGAGAUGUUGUUUAUUUAGAAAUGGCAUUGAUACAAAGCACGUGCGAUGUAAAUGUUAAGUAUUAUCCAUACGAUAUUCAGUCUUGCAACACAUCCUUCGCGUUAUUGGGUUAUACGAAAACGGAAGUGAAUCUAAUGAGGCUGGAAGAGUCAAUAGAUCUUACAUUAUAUCUUGGAAAUUCUAUGUGGGAUUUGGAAUCAACGCAUGUCAGUGUGGAAACUAUCCACGGCGGAAUUCAAGAAAUGCUCUUCACAUUUAAUCUACGCAGAAAGAAUGAGUAUGCAAUCGUUAACGUUCUUUUGCCAAUUUUAUUUCUUGGUACGCUUAACGCGUUCGUAUUUCUUUUGAUACCCGAAUCUGGAGAAAGAGUUGGCUAUAGCAUCACGACGCUACUUGCAAUUGCCGUCUACAUGACAAUCAUCAUGUCCAGUCUACCGCAGUCAUCAGACCCAAUGCCGCUUAUCUUCUACAAACUUUUGGUUGACCUCACUUACAGUGCCCUAAUAAUGGUAGUUGUAAUACUGAACAUGCGCUUGCACGGAAAAGACGACAAUGUCCCGGUGCCGAAGUCUCUUGUAUCCUUCUAUCUGGCUCUGACGUGCACAGAUUGUGGCGGAAAAGCAGUGAGUCCAGAAUCGGACGGCUUUACAACGGAUCAAAUUGCCAAAGGUUGGGUGGAAAGCAACUCGAUGAAUUCCGUGGACGCUCAAAAAGUAACAUGGAAGAAAGUCAGCUCUCUUCUUGAUACGAUAUUCUUUGUGCUGUUCGUCGUUCUAUCUAUUAUAAGUUUCGCCGUUUUUAUUGCUGUAAUGAAAGUCGGAGCGUAAGCCGUAACAUCAGCCGUAUAGGAGACAUAUCAAAAUAUGAUAUUUGCAAAUUUGCAAUAUUAUC